CGCAAUUGACGAAACAUAUGAACAAGGCUUUAGAAUUGGACAAGUUUUCUGUGAGCCGGAAGUAACUUUAGUUUCCCUUCUUUUCUCCAAGACGCGUCAGAGAGCUUUCCCGGCUUGAAAAACCCAAAAAAAACCAGUCAAAAUGGUUGCUCAAAAGAAACAGAAAAAGGCGAUGGAGAGCAUCAAUUCUAGACUUGCAUUAGUGAUGAAGUCUGGAAAAUACGUUCUGGGUUAUAAGCAGACAUUAAAAUCUCUUCGACAGGGAAAAGCUAAGCUCGUUAUUAUUGCUAAUAAUACACCCCCAUUAAGAAAGUCUGAAAUCGAGUACUACGCAAUGUUGGCCAAAACCGGUGUCCAUCAUUACACGGGGAAUAAUAUUGAACUCGGAACUGCUUGUGGAAAGUACUUUAGAGUGUGUACUUUAUCCAUUACCGAUCCAGGUAAUUCUGAUAUUAUCAAAUCGAUGCCUACAGGUGAACAGGCUUAAGUAUUUUGUACAAAUCUUUAAAUAAAAAUAUUUAAAAUUAAUAUAAA